AUGGACGCCGUGGAGCUAGCCAGGAAGCUGCAGGAGGAGGCCACGUUCAUCUGCCUGGACUACUUCACAGACCCUGUGAUGACCACCUGCGGCCACAACUUCUGCCGCGAGUGCAUCCAGACCAGCUGGGAGAAGACUAAAGGCAAGAAGGGGAGGAAGAAGCAGAAGGGCUCCUUCCCCUGCCCGGAGUGCAGGGAGGUGUCCCCCCAGAGGAACCUGCGGCCCAACCGCCUGCUCACCAAGGUGGCCGAGAUGGCGCGCCAGCACCCUGGGCUCCACAAGCGGGACCUGUGCCAGGCGCACCAGGAGCCCCUCAAGCUGUUCUGCCAGGAGGACCAGAUCCCCAUCUGUGUGGUCUGCAGGGAGGCGCGGGAGCACCGGCUGCACAGGGUGCUGCCGGUGGAGGAGGCUGUGCAGGAGUACAAGGGGGCAGCGGUUGAAGUUAGAGGAGACAUGGGGUACCUCCGGGAGGAGAUGAGCAAGACAGAGAAGCUGCAAGCCCAGGAGGAACAGACCUUGGCUGAAUGGCAGGACAGAGUGAAGGAGCGGAGACAGCGCAUCGUGGUGGAGUUUGAGAAGGUGGCCCUCUUUCUGGUGGAAGAAGAGCGGAGACUCCUCCAGGCCCUGAAGGAGGAGGAAGAGGAGACAGCGGCCAGGCUGCAGGACAGCAAGGCCUGUCUGGACCAGCAGGGCCGCUCCCUGGACCUACUGCUGCUGCAGCUGGAGGACCGAAGCCAGCGGGAGCCCCUCCGGAUGCUGCAGGACAUGAAGGAUGCCCUGGCCAGGAAGAACAACCUGAGCAUGCAGUACCCCGAGGUGGCCCUACCCAUGGUGCUCAAGACUGUGUGCAGGGUUCCCGGGCAGAUAGAGAUCCUCAAAGGUUUCCAAGAGGACGUACUGCCAGACCCCACCUCAGCAUACCCGUACCUCCUCCUGUACGAGAGCCGGCAGAGACGCUACCUGAGCCACCCGCCAGAGAGCAGCGCACCCCAGGGCAAGGACCGGUUCAUGGCCUACCCCUGUGCCGUGGGCCAGAAGAGCUUCUCCUCGGGGCGGCACUACUGGGAAGUGGGCAUGAACCUCACCGGGGACGCGCUCUGGGCGCUCGGCGUGUGCAGAGACAACGUGAGCCGCAAGGACAGGGUGCCCAUCCCCGAAAACGGGUUCUGGGUGGUGCAGCUGUCCAAGGGGAAGAAGCCCCUGUCCACGGUGCCUCCCCCAGUCCCAGUCACACUGGUGGAGCCGCCCAGCUACAUGGGCAUCUUCCUGGACUUCGAGGCUGGGGAGGUGUCCUUCUACAGUGUGAGUGACGGGUCCCACCUGCACACCUACUCAGAGGUCACCUUCCCCGGACCCCUGCAGCCGUUCUUCUGCCUGGGGGCUCCCAAAUCUGGUCAGAUGGUCAUCUCCACAGUGACUCUGUGGGUGAAAGGGUAGGCUCCAGCGUGGGUGGGGCAGAGGCCCUCGGGGCUACUGGUCUCCUCAGAAGGUGCCUUCCUGGCUUGCGGCCACCUGCCAGGCUCCUCCCUGACUCGGAGAGUCACCACUGUGCAAUUCCUCAAAGUAUAGCCACGA